AUGACCGAUCAACUUUCACACGUCAAAAUUUCUUGUCUUCUUCCCUCAUCUCUCCCGUCAAGACGCGUCGCCGUACGGCCCCCAAUGCUCGCAAGUUCCGUUUCUCACUCCACCCGGUCCUCAAUCCCGAAGAUACUUCGCUCGACGCCCGCGACAUGGCGUCAAAUGUCGUCAGGGCCGAAGCCGCGACCUACGCGGGCUAUUGGUACACUUGCCACACUGUCCCUCGCAGCGGGGCUUUCAUUGACGGCCUACGGCCUGGGCUCACUCUAUCCUCCCUCCCUCGUCUCCCUCGUCUUCCCUCGUCCAGCACCGGCCCCACCCGCGGACGCGUCAUCACCGGAAUCGCUCGCGUAUACCGCCUCCCUAGAAGAGCAGCUGCAAGCACUGCCCUUCCUUGCCGAGCAUCGCACAAGACCCGACGCAAGCGAGUGGUACGAGGGCCGGCCACACAAGAACCUCCCGGAGGCCGUGCGGGUCAACUCGCUGACGAGCGGGGCGUUGCGGGGCCCGGGAAAGCUCGCGUUGAUUCCGCUGGUCCGAGCCAGGCGGGACGAGCAGGAGGCGCUGGCGUUUGUGCAUCUUGGGCGGGGGCUGUGUGGGCAUGAUGGGAUUAUCCAUGGCGGGUUGUUGGCGACGUUGCUAGAUGAGGCGUUGUUCCGGACGGCAGCCGCCCACCUCCCUUCCAAAGCGGGCGUGACCGCCAAACUCACGCUCAACUACCGCGCCCCCACCCGCGCCGACCAGUUCGUCGUCCUGCGCACCUCCCUCGUCUCGCAGUCCGGCCGCAAGGCGUUUGUCAAGGGCACGGUCGAGGCGCUUGACGGGACCGUGUUGGUCGAGGCCGAGGCGCUGUUCAUCGAGCCCAGGUAUGCGAAGCUGAUGAAGCUGAACACGGCGUAUGGGCGCCAGGUGGCGGAGCAGGAGGCGCAGAGGGCGGGCGGGAGUGGGUCUGUUGCCAGUUAG